UACUGUCUGUCAGGCGCGAGGCUGAUCCAGCCGCUGGCUGUCACCGCGAGCGCGAGACAGAACCAGCCGCUGGCUGUCACCACUAGCGCGAGACUAAACCAGCCGCUGGCUGUCACCGCGAGCGCGAGACUGAACCAGCCGCUGGCUGUUACCGCGAGCGCGAGGCUGAUCCAGCCGCUGGCUGUCACGGUGGGCGCGAGGCUGCACCAUUCUGCUGAGUCAUGCCCUGGCUGCUGUCCACAGUGCUUCUCUCCGUCCUCCUGCCGAUGGUGUCCACCAAGACAGGAGGCUGGGAGAAAGCUACAUCCAUUUAUGAAUUCUCAGCAAAGGACAUUGAUGGCAAUGAAGUCUCCCUGGAGAAGUACAGAGGCAAAGUCUGUAUCAUCACCAAUGUAGCCUCUAAAUGAGGCAAGACCCCAGUAAACUACUCUCAGUUUGCACAGAUGCACGCCAAGUACGCUGAGAAAGGUUUAUGCAUCCUGGCCUUCCCGUCUAAUCAGUUUGGCCGACAGGAGCCCGGAACGGAACAGCAGAUUAAGGAGUUUGCCAAGUCCUACAAGGCAGAGUUCGACCUCUUCAGUAAGAUCGACGUGAACGGGGAUGAAGCUCACCCCCUGUGGAAGUGGAUGAAGGCGCAGCCUAAGGGCAAGGGAACGUUUGGGAACAACAUAAAAUGGAACUUCACCAAGUUUCUCAUCGACAGAGAGGGCAAAGUUGUGAAGCGCUACUCCCCGCUGAGCGAUCCAGUUGUGGUGGAGAAGGAUCUGCAUAAAUACCUGUAACCUCUGCCAGAAUGCCUUGGCCAUCUUUCUCCCACGUAUCUUCUUGAACCAUCCUGACUGGUGUUUGGCUGGACCCCAGUGGGUCCAUUCCCAGGAUAGUGACGGCCUGUUGUCAAACCCGCAUGGCGGAUACAACCGGCCCGAUGACUCCUGCGUGCCCCCCUGGGUGGACUCCUCCGGUCCAGACAAACCACCUGACAGGAAAUUGUCUUCCCCCAUUCCUGCAUUAAUGAAUUAUUAUAAUGCACUUUGAUUGUGUACUAUGAACAAAAUAAAAAAAACAGACAAACAUCA